CAUACGGCGGAGCAGGACAAGAGCGAAAUCAUAUUUACUCUUGUACGGCGCUGUUGAUUGAGAUGACAGCGAGUUAAUUACAUAAACUAAAACGAUGAAACAUUUCAGAAUGUCUUUCAAACCGGUUGUAUAGUAAAAACCACUCAUUAUCGACUGUUAUGUCAACCACGAAAACUGACCGGGAGCAGAGCCUUGAAGGAGCUAGUGAAACUGCCCACGAUGAAUACCCUCGAAUUCCAAUUGACUCGAUGGCCCCUCCUGAAGAAUGGACUUACACAAUGCGACGGAGAAUGCAGGAGGUGCUUCCUGGUCUUUAUCUCGGCCCUUAUAGCGCCGCGAGCCCUUCAAAAUUAGAAUCGUUGCUGGAACAUGGCAUAACACACAUAGUUUGCGUGCGUCAAGAUAUUGAAGCACAUUUCGUAAAGCCCAACUUUCCUGAUAGAUUUCAGUAUCUUGUACUGGAUAUAGCUGACACAGCUCACGAAAAUAUAAUACAACACUUUCAGAAGGUAAAAAUCUAUAUAGAUGAUGCUCUGAGUUCCGGUGGUCGGGUUUUGGUACAUGGCAAUGCAGGAAUAUCCAGAUCCGCAGCAUUGGUAUUAGCCUACAUGAUGGAGACUUAUGGAUUAACGCAGCAAAGAGCCUUCGAAAUAGUACAAAAGCGAAGAUAUUGCAUCGUUCCGAAUGAAGGGUUCAUGGCACAAUUGAAAGAAUUUGAGCCUAUUUAUCAGGCACAGAAAACUCUCAGACACGGACAGCAGAGUUCAGCAAGACAGAGGAGCAAACGUACUAUUCACCAAAUGGACACUGAACAAACGGACGAAUGCCCUGUCGCAAUGGAUAGUUGAUAUAAACUCUAAAAGUAUCAAAAUUACUACAAUAAGACUUGAUUAAAACCUAGGAAGACAAAAAUAACCCAAUAUUUACCUCCGUAUUGUGGUACGGAAUUGAGUUCUGGUUAUGAAACAAGCCAAACGAUGUUCUGGUCAAAACGCAACGUACUCACAAAUUCCUCAAAAAAUAAUCCUCAUUUGAUAUCAAACGUUGAAAUGACAUAUACGGGGCAACGGUUUUUAACAUUAAUGACUGCAAUAAAAUAAUUCCACGCAUAAUAUUAAUUAAUGACUAAAAAUUACAAAACCUAAAAUGGGCGAUGAUAUUUUGUUAUAGUAGGUAUAUAGUAGCGUCGAGUACUCCUCCGGUGUUGCUUACCUUAUGUAUUCGCCAGCUUCAAUAUCAAAUAUAUACCUUACAUAGAAAAUAGGACCAGAAUCUACUGCUAGAAAUGAUGUUUACGUUAAUGCUGGUAUUUUUUCCCUGGUCUAUAAUCGCACCUGAAUAUUUGUAUUUAGAAACUGAAUUUAUUUGAUUAGAUAACUUUAAGCUAAAUAACGCCACCUUAUGUAUUCUAUGUUUUAUUUAUUGAUCGUUGAAGUUUAUUUCUAUAUGUAAUGAAUCAUACAUAACAGAAAUAAAUAUAAUAUUU